AUGGCGGUGGAUGAGCAAUUCGCUCAUUUUGUUGAGAUGAUCCAGAAGAUUCAUGUUAACUUCCCUUUGUUGGACAUAAUGCACGUACCAACAUACUCUUGCUACAUCAAGGACAUCAUCAACAAUAAGCGUCCGCUACCCACCACAGACAUUGUCAAACUCAGAGAGGAGUGUAGUGCAGCUAUACUUAACCAACAUCCUGAGAAGAAGAAAGACCCUGGGUGCCCGACGAUCACUUGUUCAAUCAGGACCCAGCACUUCGGCCAUGCCUUGUGUGACCUUGGGGCUAGCAUUAGCAUGAUGCCCAAGGUCGUCUUUGAUAAGCUAAACUUCACUCACCUCACACCAACUCUGAUGCAUCUCCAGCUAGCCGACUCUUCAGUUUGCUACCCAGAAGGGAUUGCAGAAGACAUUCCGGUGAGAGUCAGGAACUACUUCAUCCUUGUCGACUUCAUGGUGCUCGACAUGGAAAUAUCCAAAGAAACACCGCUCAUCCUAGGGCGGCCAUUCUUGAGCAGUGCCGGAGCACAGAUAGAUGUCGGAGCUGGAGAAAUCCGCUUCAACAUCAACGGCAAAGAAGAAAAGUUCCCCUUCCAGCCCAGGACGGAGUAA